AUGUUCACAACACAUCCUCCAUUCGAUUACUCGCUCGACAACUUACCAGAAGAAAUUUUAGCUCAUGUAUGCAGCUUCUUGCUCGGGACGGUGAUAUUACCAGACAAUCAUCACGACGAAGAAAAUGCCAUCCCCAUGCUGAAUACCACCGAUCAGGAUCGAUAUUUUGCAGUGGAUACUUUAGAGUAUAUUGGCUUCUCACAUUACAAUGAUGUUAAAACCAAGAAUUCUUUUUUAAAUUUAAAUGAUCUCGAGUUGGCUCAUCGAUUGAUUCCGAUAAGUGGUGUCAACAAAAAACUCCGUAACAAAAUUAGACAAAACAUGUUUUUGCAAUAUCAUAUACGAGCCUACACUGCAAAUAUGCUCAAAUUCGUUAUGUGUGGAAAUGAUCAACAAAAAUCCUCCUUUGGUCUUCCUGUGCUUGAAGUUCCAUAUGACCAUCAGUAUUUUUCAUCGGUGCUCGAUGUAGAGUCUUCUCAAAUCUUUUCAAAUACUUCAACCUUUGUGAAACCAAAAAAACGUUCAAAUAUGUAUUGCUAUUCUUUGGAGCUCGAGGUAGCCAAAGCAUUCAUUCAUUUUAUGAAGUGUGUUUUUGGAGAAGAUAAUUGUAGGGUAAUGGUGAAAAAGUUGGUUAUUCCAUGUAUUCAUGAGAAAAUAUUUUUUGAAAUGUUGGGUCUUUUUAUUGAUGAGUUUCCAUGUGUUGAACACUUGAUCAUUGUAGAGAAAAUUAGAUUUAGUGACUGUUUACGAUUUCAAGCUGAGAUCAAGAAGGAGUUUGAUCUUUCUUUGGCCAAAAUCUCUCUACCAAAGUUGAAAAAUUUAAAGAGUCUGGUAAUAGAAGGAUCAAAAAUUUCUCAAUUCAUUCGAGAUAUUCUCUUAGAUUGGGGAAAAGAUACAAUUGAACAUUUUACUGUUGAUUCUGAGCUCACUGUAGAACAAGUGAGACAUAUUUUCUCUUCAUGUUCUCAGUUAAAGACGUUUGGAUGUUUUGGAAUGGACAUUCAUGCAUCGGGGUUUUCAAAGAAAAAGUGUCGUGCAUUUAUUAACUAUUUUGAAGAUCAUUUUACAAAGAUUAGAAAGUAUCACUGUAAUGUCUUUCAUUCAGGAACCUUUUUUCAUGAUUUUUUCUCAAAGAAUGCAAUGUUCAACUUAGCCAACACCAUUCAAGAAUUAUGUAUAUCUGCACAACAUGGUAACUUUAUUCUCACAGAAGAUUUUCAUUUUCCAAACUUAACGAGCCUGGUGAUCAAACAUUGCAACAGCUUGAUUUUGGAUGGUGUUGAAUUGCCAAACCUUAGACGAUUAAUUUCAAGUUCUACCAUAUCAGUUACGGAAAAGCAAAAACCACUUACAACGUUAGAACAUGUUUGCCUUCAAGAUUUUCCAUUGAAACAGCUUUGUAUGAACACCCAUCUACAAAGCUGUCACUUUUUCCAAUAUGCAACUAUUACGUUAUCAGAUAAUUCUUCUAUUCAUUCUAUUAGAACUCUCCAUUGUACGGAUAUUUCAAUUGAUAAUCUUUCCAAUCUCAAGAAUUUGAAACUUUGUGGAAACACUCAGAAGUUAGUGAUCAAAAAUCAGGAGCGCAUAGAAAAUAUAAGUCUCGGACCUUAUGGCCAAACAAUUACAUAUCUAAAUAUUGAACUCAAGGAAUGUGAUACUUUUGAGAUUGGAUAUUUGGAUUUACUAAUAGAAAGGUUUUACAUUAGCAAAAUUGGAACGUUGCAUUUCCAAUUUUCGACAAAACUCUUUUCGCUUCUCUCGCAAACGAAUUUUAAAGGAUCAACUGUUAAGAUUCUCAAAAUUUAUAGUAUUGACGCAGAAAUUAUGCAGGAAAGUGUGAGAAGUAAUUUUAUGAGAUUUCUUUCAUUAUUGGUGAUCACAGAAAGCGUAGAGUUGGAAGUGAAUAAUAUUUCCAACUUUACUUCAUAUCAUGGAAAAGCUGUUUUUCCAGCGAGUGAUCAUUUAGAGAUUGAUAUUAAUGAAUUCCUCAACAAGCAACAAUUCUGGACUCCAAUUGAAGACACUCCACAAAUUUUUGAUUGUUAUUCGGACCAAGUAUCUUCACUUUGUUUUUUACUCGGUUCAAAUGCGUAUAAUAUUGCACACUGUCAACACUUGACGUCAUUGGAAAUAGAGAGAACACAUUACGCAACUGGAUUCAGUGAUCAUUGUUUUAUCAAAUGGUCAUCCAUGCCUCUAUUAACACGCUUGGUAUUGAAUAGAAUUACUUUGAUGAACCAUUCCUCUUUUUACCAUGACCGUCUACAAGGAGACAUUAUUACUCUUGGAGCGGUGCAAGAUAUUGAUACAAGUAACUGUUUUGUUGAUGAGUUAAAUCUUGACACCUUUCCACUGUUAGAAUAUUUAGAAAUUAGUAAUUGUGAAAAAUGCAAAGUUGUGGCAACCAAACAUCUUUCCAACUUGGUAUUUAUGAAAAUUACCACUGUUGGAAAUCUAUUUCUACAUUUGCCUUCAACCUUAAGUGCUCCUAAAUUGAAAACUUUGCUCGUUACCAAUAUUGAGAAUUGGGAAGAUGAAUCGUGUGUUGAACUGACAAGGUGCAAUAGUAAGAAUAUGAUCGUACAUCAAGUACACAAGUGUUAG